AUGGCACUGGCUGAUAUUCUAAGCGGAAAUUCAAUCAUUCCAUCUCCGCCAUCAUCAUCAUACGGUGAUCGAGUUUUAUUCUUUGCCAGGAAUGCUCUGCUUCCAUCAUGGAGUGCUAAAGCAGCAACACAACUCAUGAUCCAUCCACUUUAUCGAACACAAAUUAUUCUGCAAACUCAAUCAUGUUCUAAAAUUCCCGAACACGAUAAAUUGAAUUAUUUCCAUGAAAAGUUUAGUGCACCAACAUUGAUUGCUGCCGAUGAUGGAUUGUUUUCAUUGUGGAAGACUUUGGUUUAUACAUUGGUGAAGAAUAUUCCAUCUCUUGCCGUUCAACACAUUUUGCAAAAACAUGUCUUGACAAGAGUUUCAAAUGAUAAUUUAAAGAUUGCUAUCAGUUCAAUCUUGACAGAUAUUGUCAUGUAUCCUUUGGAUUUAAUUGAAAUUGUUUAUAUGGCUGAUAGAUCAGAGGAUGGUAAAUUUAUUGGUGGACAAACAUUCCAAUUCAAAGGGUUAUUGGAUUGUAUUCGUCAAAUGUAUAGUGAUAGUAAGGAAGAAUUGGAAAACUCUGGUGAACAAGCAAGUUUCUUUUCAAUUAUUUCACAUGCUUUCUAUAGAGGUUUCUUAUUUAGAACUGUAUUUGUAUCAACACCAACUCAUUUAUUGAAUGCCUAUGUGGAAAAUGUUGUCCAAGAAAAGGGCAAACUCUUUGGUUCUUGGAAGGAUGUCACAAAACAAGGCAUGAAGAAUUUCUACUCUCAAUUGACAGAAACUCUUGGUAAACCAAAGGAAUUCUUGAAGGGUAAACUCAUGUUUAUUGCCAGAAGUUAUCUCUUUAAGAGUUUAAUCUAUUUCUUACUGUAUCCAUUUGAUACAGUCUCUAGAAAAUUACAAGUUAAUGGUCAACCAGGAUUUGUAAAGAAAUAUUCAAGUGUUAAGGAUUGUGUUGCAACCACUCUCCAUGAAGAAUGUAGUGAUAGUUUGAAGGAUAUGACUGUAAAUAAUGGAUUCUUGAAUGGUUAUCUUUUCCGUACUCUGUCUAUUCCACUAGUUUUAUUGAUCCCUCCUUUGGUUAUCAAAAUGUUUGCAAGCUCAAAUGCAAGUACCAACAACGAAAGAUUUGGUUUACUUUCAUACCAAUAAAUUAUAUCCUUGUACC